UUUCUCAUUUCUUAAAAUGAUGAGUUCUCGUUGCUUGUUAUUUAAAAAUAUAAGGAGUUCACCAGAUUCAUUGUAUCCAAGUCGAAAAUUAAUUUUGGCUAUUAAUUUGCUACUAUCUUUUUCUUACUUGCCGAAUCAAGUAUUCAUGAAAAUCUCCAAGUUCCCACCUACCGAUCAGAAAUCGCUAACACAAACAUCUCCGAUUCCAAUAUGCUCAUCCGAUUCUAUUGGUAUUCUUAUACUAAAUCCAGAAGUCAUGUCAGAUUUACCGUUCAUUAUAUACGCAAAUGGUUAUGAAGAGGAGCCAGAAUGCUUGCAACCUUUUCCUCCUAGAUCACCACUUCUACGCCUAGAAAUUCAACUAAAAUUUGGCUUUCCAUGUGGUGUGAAUAAAAGGCGAAUGGUAUUUCCACGUGUUGGUUUAGAAUAUUCACUACGUGUUCUACUUAAUCAUAUUGAUGAAAAUGAGUUUCAAGUUCAUAUGAAUAGGAUUAAUGGUUUCCGAAAAUUACCAAAAAUUCAACAAAAUCAGCGUAUUUUUGAUAUUCAUUGCCAGUAUUUCUCUGAUAUUAAUCAAACAAUUGGACAAGUUUUGGAAAUAAGCAUACACAGUAAUUCAGUUAAUGGGCCAGUGGCUGAGAAAGUAAGGUUAGGCGAUCGUGUUUUUCACAGAUGGCGCUGUGAUGAUAAAUAUGCGCUUAAAGUAUAUCAGUGUUAUGCUACAGAUGGUCGUAACAGAGAGCAUCAAAUCAUUAAUGAUCAGGGAUGUUCCACUGACACAUCUUUAAUGCCACACCCACAGUAUAUAGACAAUCCUUCACAAGCACUAGCAUCUAGUCGUGUAUUUCGUUUCAAUUCCUCUUCACGAAUCUUCUUUGAUUGCUUGUUGUAUGCUUGUUUAAAAAUCGACCCUGAAUGUCGAAGAACAACCCAAAAAUGUAUCAGCCGCACAUCCUCAAGGAACACUUAUAAAUUUCAAAGACAAAAGCGCGAAAUUACUUCGAAUUCGGAAAUGAUUUCCUCUGAGAGAUAUAGUAUGGCACCUCAAAUCGACAAAUUAACAGUUCGUCUGGAUACUGUUGAAGCGAAAGAAGAGAAUAAUGAUAAAAGUACAGAGUAUAAACUACGAUCUGCGCUGGAAUAUUCUCAAAAAGCCGUAAAGGCAUUGACACUUCUAAAUUUGGUUAGUUUGCUGACAGCCGUUCUGCUGGGAUUUGCGCUUUGUUGCCUGAAAAGACGUUCUAACAACAAGAUAUUAAUUUCAUCUUUAUCUGGGUAAAAGAAAUCGUACUCAGUAUUAUCGAUUUAGAAAUUUUUAUACAUAUCCGUUCUAAUCGUGUGAUAAAGUCCGUUUUACUGUAAUUUAGCCUUUGUUCUGCUAGUUGACCAUUUAUUCUUCUGACCUUUUUUCCAUUGAGACUU